AUGUGCUUCACCAUGCAGCCGAUCGGUGAGAAAUGCUCACUUCGGAACUAUCCUUACCAGUUUCGACGGUUAGACAUCCAUCCGGACACUCUGGUUGCCACCGAGAAUGAUCCGCAACUCCGGCCCCGCCCUCGUCAUCGCCUGUCUUCUAGAACUCGGCCGAUCUCACGUUUGGUGGACCGGUCUAAAGAAACGAUUGAGGAUAUGCUUUACGCCCACCGAGCCCACCACCCCAGAACAUUCUCCGAUGAUGACUGGACUACUGAAAUCAUUCCGAUGCCCAACAUUACAGACAAAACAACAGUGUUGAAUUUUGCUCACAUUGCAGCGGAUGCGUAUAUUGAGGCCGAGGGCACGGAGGAUUGGCUAGAUAUCGGGCAACCUUAUAAUGCGACAAGUAAUUUUGGGUGGGAAGGGGACGGGCUCCGUGGACACAUAUUUGCGGAUGAAGCCAACACCACGGUUAUCAUUGGGCUUAAGGGCACAUCCCCCGCUGUUUUUGAUGGGGCGGAAACGACCACAAAUGACAAGAUAAACGACAACCUUUUUUUCUCGUGCUGCUGCGCCAGGGUUUCGUACUGGUGA